UCCCACCGAAAUUUUGAGAAUUCUUCUCCAUCGGACCUGGUGUUGAACCCCACUUGGCUGCACUGAUAUUUUCCCCGGCACUCCUCACAAUAAGUCAGAAAUCCGAUCCCUAACCCGCUCAGAAGUCUCUUUGAUCGUCUCAUAUAGUUCCAACAUCUCCUUGUAAUGGCUCAGGAGUCAGUCUCGGAAACCCCAGAUGCAUCGUCAUCUUGCAGUGUUCCGUCCCAGCCAGAUCCAACUUUUUCUAGAAGCGGUUCGUUUAGCCGACUCAACGCGCAGGCGCCUGAAUUUGUGCCUACUCGACCCACUUCACGGACCGAUCGACAACAACCUAGGCUAGUUGUUCCACCACCUCCUCCCCCCCCGCCGCCAGGUAUGGUACAUGUUUAUCCGCCGCCUCCAACUUCGCCCUUCCAUAUGCCGAUUCGACCUCAUUUGCCAGUGGGCAGUCACGUCGUUCCUGUUCAGAGUCACCACCACCUUUCCCAUCAGCAUCCGGUUCAUUAUCAUCCUCACCAGCAUCAGUACUAUGUUAGCACUGGUGGAGGGGGAUUGGGGGAGCAAGACUCUGGCUUGCAGUCAGGUCAGAAGUCCCAAGUUGAGCCAGAUCAUACUUCUUUCAAGAAUAAACUAUCUGAGGAAGCUAGUCAGAAGAUUUUGAAUCAGGUAGAGUAUUAUUUCAGUGAUUUGAACUUAGCUACAACUGAUCAUUUGAUGAGGUUCAUCAACAAAGAUCCUGAAGGUUAUGUGCCGAUAUCCGUUGUUGCAUCCUUUAAGAAAAUUAAGGCUCUUAUAAGUAGUCACUCCCAGCUUGCAACUAUUUUGAGGAACUCAUCAAAACUUGUAGUUAGUGAAGAUGGAAAGAAAGUCAGACGCCUCCAUCCCUUGACUGAGUCUGAUAUAGAAGAGUUACAGUCCCGCAUUGUUGUUGCUGAGAACUUACCUGAGGAUCAUUGCCACCAGAAUCUUGUCAAGGUUUUCUCUGCUGUGGGGAGUGUUAAUACUAUUCGGACUUGCCCACCUCAAUCUUCGAAUGGUGGAGCUUCUGCAUCUAGGCUGGCAAAAGUUGAUAGCAUGCCUCUAUCUAACAAGUUGCAUGCAUUUGUUGAAUAUGAAUCUGUUGAGCUAGCUGAGAGAGCAGUCGCUCAGCUGAAUGAUGAGAGGAAUUGGCGGAGUGGCCUCCGCGUUCGUCUAAUGCUUAGAUGCAUGUCAAAACCUGCACAAGUUCGUGGAAAGAAGGGGCUUGAAGUUGAAGUGGAGUGUGAGCACGAUUAUACUUCUGUGCCUGAGCAACAGGUGAAUGAGAAACUAGCAGAAGACUCUUACUUAGUGGAUUCUAAGCUGCAUGAACCUGCAGGGGAAGAGCAUAAUUUUGAGAAAGAGAGUGGCCAGAGGAAGGGUCGUAGCCGGGGACGGGGCAAGGGACGAAGCCGAUCUCAUUGUCACCAGUUUAGUCGCACCAAUCCCAUAGGAACUCCCCCUUCAAAUAAUUCGAGUCCUGUCGAACAGGUUGUGGCCAAGCAGCCUCCGGGUCCUCGUAUGCCAGAUGGCACAAAAGGAUUUUCAAUGGGUCGAGGCAAGCCAGUAGCUGUUGAUAUAGUGUAAUGCUGGGGAAUUAGAUUCAGGCUUGUAGUGUGUUUAUGUUGUUUUGAAUUAGAGGGUCAAUCUUGCAGUGGGGAAUAGUUGGCGUUGCCAUCUCUGGAUCAAAGCAGUUAUUUUACUCAUAUCUAUACAUACACACAUACAUAUAUAUACGUUAUAUAAAAAUUGUGUAAUUAAAAAAAAGGAUUAAAGGGAAGGGGGCUUAAACGAUGGAGGUCCGGGGGUAUGUUUUUUGUUCGAGAAUGGUGAAUUGUCGUUGUUAUCCCUGUCCUGGCCUUUUCGGCAAUUUAAUGUUAGAGAAGAGACCGAAUUCCUGUUGUUUGGGAACAA